GGAGCAACCCUAGCUGCAGCGCAGCGUAUCCCACCCACCCACCCCCCGACCCCUAUCGCCCGCACCAAGAUGGCGGCGGCGCCGACGACCUUCUCCGGCGAGGUGUGGGCGGAGCUGCGCCUGGCGGACGCGCGCGACGUGCCGCACAUCCACAGCCUCAUCCACCAGAUGGCGGAGUUCGAGCUCCUCACCGACCUCUUCGCCGCCACCCACGAGCUGCUGGCCUCCACGCUCUUCCCCACGCCCCGGCCGGCCCCCUUCGCCUCCUUCACCGCCCUCAUCCUCGACCUGUCCCCGUCCCCCGCGCCGGCCUCGGGCGACACCGUCGGCUCCCGCCGCCUGGACCUCUCCGCGUCCCCCCCGGUCGCCGACCCGGAGGCCGGCGCCUUCCCGUCCCCGCGCGGCGGCGGGCGCGUGACGGCCGGGUUCGUCAUCUGCUUCCCCAACUACUCCACCUUCCUGGCCAGGCCGGGGCUGUACGUGGAGGACAUCUUCGUGCGCGCGCCGUGGCGCCGCCGCGGGCUGGGCCGCAUGAUGCUGUCCGCCGUCGCCGGCCGGGCCGCCGAGAUCGGGAUGGGCCGCGUGGAGUGGUGCGUGCUCGACUGGAACCAGAACGCCAUCGACUUCUACGAGGGGAUGGGCGCCGAGGUGUUCAAGCAGUGGCGCAUCUGCCGCCUCACCGGCCCCGCCCUCGACCAGUACAAGGGCGCCGGCGCCGGCGGCCAGGAGGAGCAGGACGCCGCCGGGAAGGCCGAGUAGGCCAGUAGGAGAGGACAGAUCUACGCUCCCGAGACUGAUUGUUUCUGAAUCUGCAUUGAUGAUGCUCUUACGGGAGGCAGCAGUGGAGAAUUUUCUGCAAUGGAUGAAAGCCUCAGGUCGUUUUCUCGGAGAAGAAAAUGUGAAGGAUGCAAGCGUGAUUGAGGGUAAAGAUUAUGAAUUGAAAUAUCAGCCGUUGGUGUCAUCCGAUGAAGGAAUCAGGUUCCAUGCAUGUGUUGUAUACUUACUAAGAUAAGAUGUGGCUAAAGAGUUGAUGAUCAGGUUCAUUGCAUGUCUAAUAAAUUAUUUUUGUUUA